CACCACCGCGCUGCGCUGCCCAAGGCACGCAGCUCCGAGGACCUGGGCCCGCGAACCUCCUGCGCCCUGCAGCACCUGCGCCGCGGCCUGCGCCAGCUAUUCCGCCGUCGCUCGGCUGGGGAGCUGCCAGGGCCUGCCAGCGACACCAAUGAUACCGAUAACGACAACACCGCCACCAGCAGGCCAGGACCAGCCCGCAAGCUGUUACCCUGGAACCUGCGGGAGCCAGCAGCGGAGGCACUCAAGGAGGCGGCGCUGCGUUACAGCCUGGCGGAUGAGGCGGCCAUGGACAGUGGUGCACACUGGCAGCGGGGUCGCCUGGUGCUGCGGGCCCCUGGUCCAGGCCAUGGCCGUCUGCUGCAGCUCUUCGACCCCCCCAAGAGCUCAAAGCCCAAGCUCCAAGAGGCCUGCUCCAGGAUCCGGGAGGUCCGGCCAUGUACACGCCUGGAGAUGCCCGACAAUCUCUAUACCUUUGUGCUGAAGGUGCAGGACCAGACAGACAUCAUCUUCGAGGUGGGAGAUGAACAGCAGCUGAACUCAUGGCUAGCAGAGCUCAGAACUAGCACAGGCCAAGGGUUGGAGUGCAUGGACACAGAGUUACCCCUUUCCUUCGUGACAGAGCCUGGUCCAGCCAGCUCUCCAAGGGGAAGCACAGACUCCCUGGACCAAGGUGCUUCACCUGGAGCAAUGUUGGACCCAGCGUGCCAGAAAACAGAUCACUUCCUGUCCUGCUACCCCUGGUUCCACGGCCCUAUCUCCAGGGUAAAGGCUGCACAGCUGGUUCAGUUGCAGGGCCCUGAUGCCCAUGGUGUGUUCCUGGUGCGGCAGAGUGAGUCCCGGAGAGGGGAGUAUGUGCUCACAUUCAACUUACAGGGCAGAGCCAAGCACCUCCGCCUGGUGCUCACAGAACGUGGACAGUGCCGUGUGCAGCACCUGCACUUUCCCUCAGUGGUGGACAUGCUCCGUCACUUCCAGCGGUCCCCCAUCCCACUUGAGUGUGGAGCAGCUUGUGAUGUCCGGCUCUCCGGCUAUGUGGUAGUUGUCUCCCAAGCACCAGGUUCCUCCAACACGGUCCUCUUCCCUUUCUCCCUUCCUCACUGGGACUCGGAGCUGGGUCUUUCACACCUCAACUCUUCUGGCAUCCCCGCAAGCCUUGGCGCAGAGGCUCUACCCGGCCGAGUGACACCCCCAGAGCAAAUCUUCCACUUGGUGCCUUCUCCUGAGGAACUGGCCAACAGUCUGCGGCACCUGGAACUGGAGCCUGUGAGCAGUGCUCGGGACUCAGACUAUGGGAUGGACUCCUCUUCACGGAGCCACCUUCGGGCCAUUGACAACCAGUACACCCCUCUCUCACAGCUGUGCAGGGACGCAAAUUUGUGAAUGUAACCAUCGUCCUCUUCUCCAGAGAGCUACAGGCUGUCAUCAGCCUUCCCCAGCUCAGAUGUGCUCUCUACCAGGCUGCCACAAGCCUUCUGUCAGCCAUAGCUAGCCCCUGGCUUUCUCCCACUGUUUACAGAUGUAGUUCUUGUGCACAGGUGCCACUAGCUGAUACCCUAGGCCCAAGCCCAGUUCAGAGGAGGGGGGCUAUAGGCCCAGAGCUGGCAGUGGAAACUGGUAGUCAGAGCUUAUAACAGACUUCCUACCAAGUAGGCUCAUUGGGAAGCACAAAACACUAACAAGUCCUGUCUCUUUCCCCAUAGCUUCAGUUCCACAGCUGAUGGAUGCUUCUUAAUCCUGCUUCUAUUCUUAGCUUUAGACAGAAGCUCUGCCAGAGGGACAGGCUUAAAAGUCAAAAAUGAUUUUAAACAUUUUACCUCAGAUAACUUUUUUUUUUUUUUAAAGGAUUCAGGUUUCCAUAUGAAAUCACAGCUUAUUGCCCCGCCCUGCUAGGACCUGUGCUAUUGUGAAGUUAGGGGCAGCUAAGCACACCUGCUCCACCCAUCCAAGCUAAGCCAGCAUGCUAGUGUCCUUGUCUGCUCCUCCUCAGGAUGGUUGCCUGCUACAGGGUAGUCACUGUCCUCCUUAAUGUAGAAAAUGAAGUGUGUCACCCUUUCAGGGAAAUCCAGGCAGCUUGCAGAGAGAGGAGGGUGGCAAGGGACAUUCUACCCCAGUGCCUUAUGCAUAAAAAACAGGACUCUGGUUUAUAGCAGCUUUACAGAGGAUGGGAUGAACAGGUGGGAGAGAGACAAGCACAAAUGAAAGCCUCCUAUCUAGGCCUGUGUCAUGAACCCAAAUUAUAGCUUGCCCCCGACCUCCCCAACAAGCAUCUAAUGGCUUAUUGAGUAUGGCUCCAUCCUGAGCCAAAUAGGAAGCUGGCACCAUGAAGAAAUUCCUAUAACAGCUCUCAGUAAGUGUUCUGUCACAGGUGGCAGCAGGGUCACUGGCUAUGCUCCUGCACACACAAUCUUUCCAUCUAGAUAGGGUCUACACAGUUCACAGGGACUAUAGUGGGCUGCUCUUGAGCACAAAGGUGCCAGAGAGUGCAGCCUUUGGGCUCACAGCUGUGGCUUUAGGGGAUCACACUUAAUUCCUGGACAUGUUUGUCAGAGGCAAACAUGCUGAUACCCUUCUCAUCUGGUUACCCUCGAUACUGUGCAAGCUUGUGUGGCUCUUAGUGGAUAGGGGAAGCAGCCAACUGUGCUUCACCUUGGAACACCCACCAUUGUGUUCCCAGAGCAAGGCACAUAACUGUGUAGGUGUAGGUUUGUGUUUUGUCUUUAAAAGAACUAGCUUUCCAUCAUUUUCCACAAAAAGUAUGAACCAAAGAUAUAAGCAAUAUUCAGUCACUGGUCCAGACUCCUCAACUGUAUAGGAGGAGGGGGCAGCUGCCUCUGUCCCUGGCCAGAAGUUCAACCAACUUCAACCAGGGGCACCCAUUUCUGCUGUUAGACACACAGCUCAGUAGAGGAGAGGUUGGCCAUACAGUGUAAACCAGCACCUCAGCCCCACAGCACUGGGACUCACCCACUGUGCACAGCUUCCUUUCAAAAGGUAUACAUUAUGACGAAGUUGUCUCAUGGCCAACACCUUUUCUUUCUGCUAGAGUAGGUCCAGUUGGCUGAAGGGGAACAGGUGGCUUAGUGAGGCCCCAGGCCAGAUACCAGGCACCAUUCCCACCCCCAGUAGUCCUGACAGAUUACCAUGGGCACAGUGUGAGCUGGCCCUAUAGAGAUCAUAAGUGUAGCUCAACAGCCCCUGCACCAUUACUUCCUUCUCCUGACUACAACUCCACACUAACAGCCACCAGCACCAAAGAAUUAGGUCAGCUAAUCUGCCUUGAAUUUAGACCAGCAGUCCAUAUGGCUUUAACUCUUCUGCCUUUGAUCAUUUCUGGAUUAUAGGAAAAAGGAAUAGUGAUCAUUACAAUUUUGGGCCAGACAACACUAUUUUUACGUAAGUUUCUUAACCUAAAAGAAGGCUUCAUUUCUUCCCUGAGGGCUUUUGUUCAAAUAUUACCUUAGUGCAAAAAUCGAGUGAUAGACUGUCAUCCACUGCCUCCUAAUGAAGAUGCAUCGAACAGCCAAUGUGUGGCUGGAAUAAGCAUUGCGACAACAGGAAGACAGGAUUUCAUCUUCUAUCAUAGGCAGAAGGUAUUUGGCAAAUCUUUGUUUUAUGUACUGUAUGAGUAACUUAUUCUUGAAUAAUGCAAAUUUUGCUACAGUGUACAAAUUGCUAUAUGUGAAUUAAAAAAGGUUUUCAGAAUUA